UUUGGACACCAUUUAUGUGAUGUUGACUAUUGAGUGUUGACUGGAGUGCUGUUUGUGUGACUGAAUGUAUGUAUUGCUUGUAUCGCUUGUAUUGGUUGUACUGACUGUGUGUUCGUAUGUUUUCAAGCAAUAGUCAGAGCACUGACUCAAUGUAUGUGUUGUUGAUUUGAGUGGCGUUUAGUCAUUGAGUUUACAUUUUGAGUGUCGGAGUCAUUGUCUGUGAAAUCGGUGGACAACACCUCCUAAGUCAUCGGCCAAAUCAUGUCUUAAGCCAACUAUCAUUAAACUGUACGACCAGAUCGUUGUCAUUGUAUACYAGUGCUCAAAGAUGGCGAUCAAUAGAGGCUGUUGUAGUGGUCAGCCGAUGUUGACAGUCAUAUCUGUGCUGACAUUWUGGACAUUGUUGUGUGCCGUCAAUAUAGUGGUCAAUGGCCAUAAUGGUCAUCACAAGGACAGUCCUAAGUCCAACUAUACCUACUUUGAGGAACGCAAUACUGAUCUAUAUUUCUCACAUUUAACUGUUAAUACUUAUACGGGUCAGGUAUAUGUUGGAGGUGUCAAUAGGAUAUACCAAUUUUCACCACAUCUUGUUCCCGAAGCCGUAGUUUUUAUGGGACCUGAGGAGGACAGUGCCGAUUGUCCGGUGACCAGAAACUGUCCGAAUGUAGUGAAAAAGCCAACCAUUUAUUACAACAAAGUGCUGGUCAUAGACUAUACUCAAUCGCGACUCAUAUCGUGCGGCUCUCUAUUUCAAGGUGUCUGUGCUGUCCAUAAACUUGAUAAUGUGUCACAAUUUGACUCAUCGGCUACCGAAUCGGUAGUUGCCAACAAUGCCACGGCUUCGACUGUCGCAUUUAUAGCACCGGGACCUACAAAAUCACCAAAACAUGUACUAUAUGUGGGCGUAUCCUACACGGCUAACGGGCCUUAUCGGUCGGAUGUACCGGCCGUCAGUUCCCGAUCACUCGACCCGAAUGCAAUGUUCACGAUUGCGGCUACGGGUGUGACCACUGGUACACGAUUGUUGAUAAACUCAUUGGCCAGAGAUCGCUAUCCCAUAAGCUAUGUAUAUGGCUUUCAAUCACGUGGUUUCUCCUAUUUCUUGACCAUACAGAAGAAGAGUGCCGAAGCUUCGCGACCAUUCAUAUCAAAAUUGGUGCGAAUCUGUCAAAAGGAUGCCGACUACUACUCAUAUACCGAAGUGCCCAUUAUUUGUCGGACAACACAUGACAACAAUGAGUACAACUUAGCUCAGGCAGCUUUUGUUGGUAAACCCGGAUCAGAGUUGGCCACUUCAUUGGGUAUUACAGCACAGGACGACAUAUUAUUUAUAGCGUUUGCCAAAUCAAAGGAUGAGUCGGAUGUUUUUAAUAAGCCGUCGGCCAAUUCAGCCCUAUGUGUCUAUGCGUUGUCAGCCAUUCAUCGAAAGUUUACCCAAAAUAUUCAACACUGUUUCAAUGGAAAUGGCAAUCAAGGACUAGACUUUAUUAAUAUCAUUCAAACUUGUGUUCCCACUCAAGUUCAAAUCAAUGAUGACUUUUGUGGUAUGGAUGUUAAUACACCAUUGGGUGGAUCAAUGGCCAUUGAGGCCGCACCAGUGCUUACCUACAAUAAUAUACUGCUGACAUCGGUGGCCGCCACUUCAACACAUGAUUACACAGUUGUAUUUUUGGGGACCGAAAGUGGACAUUURAAAAAGGCAGUGGUAGAGUCGAGUCUGAAUGCAUUUGAGUUCUCCGACAUUGUUAUAGAGGAAGGAAGUGCUGUCAAUGCCGACAUGUAUUUCGUUGAUCUUAAUAACAAAAACUAUUUAUACGUAAUGACCACAAGGAGAGUCACAUUAGUCAAAGUACAGGAGUGUCAGGUGUAUCGCACAUGUAGUGAAUGUCUCGGAGCCCGUGACCCGUACUGUGGUUGGUGUUCAUUAGAAAACAAGUGUUCACUUAGGAGUGAUUGUGCUGAGGCGGCUCAGGACCCGCUCUAUUGGUURUCAUACAAAAGCGGGAAAUGCACGACCAUUACUCACGUCCAUCCGCCACAAAUACAGAGGACAACUGCCAGAACUCUAUCUCUGGUGAUCGAUAACCUGCCUGUACUGGAGGGUCAGUUCUUCUGUGCGUUUACAGCGGCAGCCAAGACUCAGAUAACWAAUGCCAGCCGUUCUGCAAAUGGUGUCAGUUGUCCGACACCACCGACUGACUCAUUACCACCAAUAUCUCCCGGACAGCAUCAUUUCACUGCAAAACUAUCUGUGCGUAUGAAAGUUGGUCCCGACUUUGUCGCCACAAACUUUACAUUUUACGACUGUAGUUCAUACCAGAGUUGUACAGCAUGUGUGUCCAGUCCAUUCCCGUGCGAUUGGUGUGUGGGUGGACACCGAUGCACACACGACACGGGCGAGAACUGUCGCAAUGAUAUUUUAGUCACUGGCAUAUCAUCWGUAGGUCCGAGCAUACGAUCGGGUCCCGGUUUUUGUCCGCGUAUUAAUGCUACCGCUGGUGGAACUACUGAAGUACUGGUGCCGAGCGGUAUCUCCAAACGCAUUCAAGUGAAGGUCGAUAACAUUCCUCAGUUCAUUGUGUCGACACGUUUUGUCUGUCAGUUUAAUAUCGAGGGUAGAGUCAAACAAGUAAACGCACAACUCUUGGGAGACACCAUCUAUUGCGAAGGUCUUGAGUUCUCAUAUCUCGGUACUCAACCUAAUAUUACCUCAUUGUUUGCUGUCAUUUGGGACGGUAGUAAACCACUGGACAAUCCCGAGAACAUUCAUGUGUUGAUUUACCGAUGCCAAGGAAUGGCACCUAAUUGUGGAUUUUGUUUGGAACUACAAGAAAAGUAUGGUUGCGGAUGGUGUCAGGACACAGACACUUGUCAAGUGCAGGAACAAUGUCGUCAUCACAACACAUUGUGGCUCAAUAGACAACAAAUAUGUCCCGAUCCGAAAAUUUUGGAUUUUUAUCCAAAGUCAGGUCCCUGGGAAGGUGGCACUAAUGUUACUAUUGAAGGCAUCAAUUUAGGACGUACUUUUGAAGAUAUUUCUACCGGUGUAGGCAUUUCACAUGAAGUCAACGGACAUACAGUCGGUGUUGUCAAUUGUAAUCCUUAUCGAGAAGAGUACGUAAAGACAGCAAAAAUCAAAUGUAAUGUCCAAAGCCCUCGCAAUAUGACAACCGGAAUGCAGGCACAGUUAGGCUCUAUUUCGGGUCCUAUUAUUGUCAAAGUGCUCAAUGAUUUUGUGGCCAAAUCAAAGGAGUUUUAUGUGUUUGUUAAUCCAAAAAUCUUAACCAUAUCUCCCAGUAAAGGACCGAUGUCUGGUGGGACUCGACUUUAUAUUGAAGGACUUAAUAUGGACGCCGGUUCACGAGCUGAGGCUUUCUUGGGUAGUCUUUCUUGUAAUGUCACUCGACGUACACUCAAUUUAGCCGAAUGUAUAACAAGUGCUCGACAUAUGCCGGGAGAAGAGAAAGUGAGGGUCAAGUUCGACAAUGGACUCCGAUUUUUCGAUUAUUACAAUUAUCUUUACGUCGAAGAUCCACGAAUUAAUUCUGUCGAAUCAGGUUCGGGAGGAAAUAGAGGUGAAGCACGUGGUAUACCUUCCGGUGGUAUUACUAUAUCAGUUAAAGGCGAACAUCUUAAUAUAAUACAAAAACCACAGAUGUAUGUCGAAGUGGAUGACGAAAAAUUUGUCAGUAACUGUACACCCAUUUCUGCUGUUGAAAUGAAAUGCGAGAGUCCGUACGUUCCCACAGAAAAUAUGGAGUUUUCCGAUGACCGAGAAUUUGUUGAACUUGACUUCGGCUUUAUUAUGGAUGCCGUCAAAUCUGUAAUGGGUUUGAGUACUCGAAAAUGGAACCCAUUCUCUAAAUUCCGAAUGUAUCGCAACCCUGUAUAUCAUCCAUUCACUGAAGACAAUGGCAUAAAAUAUUAUCGAAGCGAAUAUCUCACUAUAAAUGGCAAGAAUCUUGAUGGCGCUUCUCAAGAGUCCGAUGUCACCGUUUGGAUUGGCACAAGUACUUGCAAUGUGACAUCACUAUCACGUUUGCAGCUUACAUGCCGUCCUCCGGCAAUUCAACCACAAUCAGGCAAAAGUUCGGAAUCAAUUCCUGAAGUGAUUGUAAGUGUUGGCGGAAGACUUAAUUUUACGAUCGGAAAACUAAGUUAUGACUCGGCGUCGCCUCCAUAUGAACCACUUCAACAACAUUUACUUAUUAUAGUGAUUGUUGGCAUUUGUAUACUAUUUUUAAUUGUCGUCUUUAUACUAAUACUCUAUCGAAGAAAGUCAACAGAAAGUAGUCGUGUAUUAAAGACAAUGCAGGAACAGAUGGAUGUCCUUGAGUUAAGAGUUGCCUCUGAAUGUAAAGAAGCUUUUGCUGAAUUACAAACUGAAAUGACUGAUCUGACAAGUGAUUUGACUGUCGGUGGUAUUCCAUUCCUUGAUUAUCGCAUGUAUACAAUGAAAGUGUUGUUUCCUAACAUUGAGGACCAUCCAGUGCUAAGAGAUAUGCAAAUGGAUCCAACAAAGAGAGUAUAUGUCGAGAAAGGACUUCGAUAUUUCGGUCAAUUAGUGAUGAAUAAGACGUUUCUAUUGCUAUUCAUUCGGACACUUGAAUCUAAUCGUUACUUUUCUAUGAGAGACAGAGUAAAUGUGGCCUCACUUAUAAUGGUUACACUUCAGGGAAAGAUGGAGUAUUGCACUGAUAUAUUGAAGACAUUGUUAGCUGAUUUGAUUGAGAAGUGUAUCGAAGGCAAGAGUCAUCCGAAACUAUUGUUACGACGAACUGAAUCAGUAGCAGAAAAGAUGUUAAGUUCAUGGUUUACAUUCUUAUUAUACAAGUUUCUUAAGGAGUGUGCCGGGGAUCCACUGUUUCUUCUUUAUCGGGCUAUCAAACAACAGGUUGAUAAGGGACCGGUAGAUGCAGUCACUUCAGAAGCCCGGUAUUCACUAUCAGAAGAGAAAUUAAUUCGACAACAGAUUGAGUAUAAAGUAAUCACCGUUUAUGUAUCGAUGUCACCACAAACGGCAUACAUGUCUGGAUUGGAUCAACUUUUACAAGCGGACAGUAUGGAGACACCCGUCAAAGUGUUAGAUUGUGAUACCAUAAGCCAAGUCAAAGAAAAGUCUUUAGACUCUAUUUAUCGUAGUAUUCCAUAUUCACAGCGUCCACUCAAAGAAGAUCUGGAUCUUGAGUGGCGAACCGGUCAGUCCGGUCGACUUAUACUGUCUGAAGAGGAUCAGACCACCAAACAAGAGGGUGAAUGGAAGCGCUUAAAUUGUUUGGCCCACUAUAAGUGUUCUGACGGCUCGUCACUAACAUUAGUGCCUAAACAGAGCUCAAUGUAUAACAUUCAUUCAAUUUUGUCUGAAAAGAUGGACAAAUCACACAAAUACGAGACAUUAAAUUUCGGUUUUAAUAAAGCCUCCUCACCGCCCCUCAGUCGGGCUACAUCWCCUCUCAAUCAUGAUUUGGAAAAUGGUUACAAAUAUUGGCAUUUAGUCAAACAUCACGACAAUGACAAUAGCAAAGAAGGAGAGAGGACUAAUAAAAUGGUAUCUGAAAUAUAUUUGACACGUCUUUUAGCCACAAAAGGCACUCUACAAAAGUUUGUGGACGACCUCUUUGAAACCAUCUUUAGUACCGCACAUCGGGGUUCAGCACUGCCUUUAGCCAUCAAAUAUAUGUUUGACUUUCUUGACGAUCAGGCCCUUAAUCACGGAAUCACUGAUUCUGAAGUGGUUCAUACAUGGAAGUCAAACAGUUUGCCUCUCAGGUUUUGGGUUAAUCUCAUUAAAAACCCAAACUUUGUAUUUGACAUAAACAAAUCAAAUAUAGUCGACUCAUGUCUAUCGGUGGUCGCACAAACAUUUAUGGACGCCUGUUCCACAUCUGACCAUCGAUUGGGAAAAGACUCGCCAAGUAGUAAACUCUUGUACGCCAAAGACAUCCCUAUUUACAAGGAUUGGGUCGAAAGAUACUAUCAAGACAUUCAACACAUGCCUGCUAUCAGUGAUCAGGACAUGAAUGCAAUGCUUGCUGAAGAGUCGAGGCAACACGCGCACGAAUUCAAUACAAAUGUGGCACUCCAUGAACUAUACAGUUAUGCCUUCAAAUAUAAUGAACAGUUAAUGCAAACACUAGAAGAGGACGAGUUUUCACGAAAGAAYAAGUUGUCGUGGAAACUGGAACAGGUCCACCAAAUUAUGACCGGAGAGUCAGAUCCAUAAGCCAUACCAUUCAUUACCAUAAAACUAUUAUAACAUCCCCUCUUUCAUACCAAAAUCAACACAUGUGUCAAACGCAUCGCAGCAUUUGAUUAAUUUUUGUCAAAUCAAAAUCUAUUUUCUAGUUUUACUACUUUAUACAUACCAUUCAUAUCAUAAAAAUAAUUAAUUUUGUUUAUAUUAUAAU